AUAAAACAACAAAGCCUGCCACCGGCUCGUGUAUCACGUUUUGGCACAAAACAAGCGGUUUUAAUACAUGGUCAACACCUUGGUCAACACAGGGGCUACUAGUAAGAGCCUGGGUGAAAUAAGAGAAGAUGUUUUACCACGUUUCCUUAGAACAUGAAAUUUUGCUCCACCCAAGGUACUUUGGUCCAAAUCUUCUAAACACUGUCAAACAAAAGCUCUUCACAGAAGUGGAAGGUACUUGCAGUGGGAAGUAUGGGUUUAUCAUAGCAGUUACCACAAUAGACAAUAUUGGAGCAGGACUCAUUCAGCCCAGCAGAGGAUUUGUACUGUACCCAAUAAAGUACAAGGCAAUUGUAUUCAGACCAUUUAAAGGGGAAGUUGUUGAUGCCGUGGUCACUCAAGUCAAUAAGGUUGGAUUAUUUGUUGAAAUUGGUCCUCUUUCAUGUUUCAUUUCAAGACAUUGCAUUCCAGGAGAUAUGGAAUUUGAUCCCAACUCGAAUCCACCUUGCUACAAAAAUAAAGAUGAGGAUAUGGUAAUACAACAAGAUGAUGAAAUUCGAGUGAAGGUGAUUGGUACAAGGGUAGAUGCAACAGACAUUUUUGCCAUAGCCUCUCUAAUGGAUGAUUAUUUAGGAUUGGUAAGCUGAUGUACCAUGUUUGGAGGUACUUUCUUUUGCAAGGAAGCUGGAAGAGAAUCAUUUGAAGGAUGGCAAGAAUGGAUUUACAGACAGAGAGAACUGAACUCUGAGCACUCUACAUAGGCUGACAUAAACAAUUCCUAAUUAGUAUUACAGAGAUAUCUUAUUGAAGUACUUUUUUAACAUGUGAUCAUUUUGGGUCAGUCUAUUAAUUAACCUGUUGGAGUACAACAUGGAACAUGUUUGUCCAUGCAGGCCCAAAAUUUUACCUGGUCUGUGGAGAAAUAUAAUAGUUGAUAAAAUAUAAAUAAAAUAGUUGAUGAAAGAAAAAUUGCAUAAAAGAGCAUACGUAGCUGUACAUACUGGAAAUAGCCCCUGGAUUUCACGAAGCGUUUCUAAGCAAAAGCUUGAAAUAAGAAAGAAGAAAGAAAGGAGAGCAUAGCCAAACAUUUGGCAGAGCUCACUCACCAUUUGGUUUAAUUUUUGUAUAUACAAAGCGAAAGCAUUUUAAGGGUUCAGAGAUAAGCCUCGGAGCCUUAGAGUGUGGUUGAUUGAUAGAGAAACAGUGCGUCACGUUUACUUUCAAGUUUGUAAAUCCCGCAUUACUUGUUUAAGUGUAUACAUUAUAUUUAUCGAGACCAGCAGAGUGGAUGUUGACACAUAAUGGAUUUGGUCCAAACUGUCUGGACAAGUAUAUGUUUCACAGUCCAGAUAGAAAUCCAGGCAGGUAUCUUAAUUGCUUAGGCACUAUUGCAUCCAAAAUUUGCCUUAUGCAGAUUUUAAUUAUAUCAUACAAAUCAACCUACUGUCUGCAAAGAUUUUACUUGGUCUUUCUUUCAUAUGCCACUUUUGAAGUACAUAAAUAUUUUUUAUUCCAUUUUGAAUUUGCUGAGCUUUUUUAUUGUGUUUAGUCGAUAUAACAAAAAACCUAUCAAUCAAAAGAAAAGCAGUACUUACUACGACCCCUUUUAAGGGUCACCAGAUGAUUAAGAUUUGCUAAUUCAAAACCUGUCGAGGCAGAAUUCCAAAAGGAAUCGUACUUCAGUUAUGCUCUCUUCACAAUCUCUCCAAAAGAGACGUACCUGUUCACUACAAAGCCGGACAGGUUUUGGUGUGUGUUUUUUUCUAUUUUAAUACCCUGUAAAUAUCUACCACAGGCCUGUUAAUUUGCCGUGUUAAGAAAUCUAAAAGAGACAUCCCCGCUUUGUCCUAAAUGUAAAUGUAUAAAAAGUGGAUGGUGGUACAAACACAGGGGAUGCUUGCACCUCUCUGAUCGCAUCAUUGUUCAGUAAUGGUUUGCGUAGUAAUGGCACUCCUAUCUGUACACCGCAGGCACAUGGAAAUAGU